GACUUUUUACUCUCUGUAGCUCCUCACUGUAUCCAUCCAUCCACCCUGCCUGCCUCUGUCCCACAUCUCUGCCUGGCUGAGUGGGAACUACUUUUACAUUUGAUGGCUUUGGAAGUAAUCUUAGUAUUCUUGGAAGAAUUCUUAGGAUAAUAAUUCUGGCAGAAGGAGGAAUUCCCACCAGGUGAUUUGCCCCCUGCUGUAGCGACCAGGCCAGGGGAGAGGAGGAGUUGUGGAUCCAGGAGCGGACCAUGGAGCAGUGUGAAACUGCUGCGAGCCCCAGCAUAGAUCACCCAUGGAAGGCAGCGACAAUAAUGAGGAAGGCCUGGAUCCAGAGCAGAGACUCCUGGCAGGGCCUCUCUGAGAGCCAGGACACCCAGGAUCAGGAGGGUUCCAGCGAGAAGACACUGUGUCCAGAUCCCACUAUGGAGGAGAAGACAGUCCCGGCCGAGGAGCCAGGGCCCGUCCCUAAGAAGAUUGCGAGCUGGCUCAAGGACUGCAGGUAUUGUAGUGUUGCAUUAUAA